AUGGUAGAAAGAAGUUUGAUCCUGGAGGUCGUAGGUGUAUAUUCCUUGGCUACCCUUUUGGCACCAAAGGUUUCGGUUCAAUCCGAGCCCACCUCUUAUAAGCAAGCUAUAAAGGAUCCUGGUUGGUGCAAAACUAUUGAGGAUGAACUUGAAAUAUUGGAAAAUAAUCACACCUGGACACUCACUGAUUUACCUAAAGGGAAUGAAGCAAUUGAUUGUAAGUAUGUCUAUAAAGUUAAAUUCAAGUCUGAUGGUACUGUAGAAAGACUAAAGGCUCGGUUAGUGGCUAAGGGCUACACACAAAAAGAGGAAAUAGAUUAUACUGACACUUUUUCUCCAGUUGCAAAACUUGUAACUGUGAGAUGCUUAUUUAGUGCUGCUGCAAUUAAAGGAUGGUGUUUAUAUCAAUUCAAUGAAAACAAUGCCUUCCUUAAUGGUGAUUUGAAAGAAGAGAUUUACAUGAAGAAACCUCCAGGGUAUAAAAAGGGUCAACCUCAUCAAGUUUCUAAGUUGCUUAAGAGCCUUUAUGGCCUUAAACAAGCAUCAAGGCUGGAACUCAAAACUGACAUCUUCCCUUCUUGA